AGAGGGAGGAGUGGGGCAGGGUGCGGGAGGGGCUUUAUUUACACCAAUGCCCAGGCCGGGAGCCUGCUCACCAUGGACACUGUGGAGUUCUGCAACGUGGGCGACAGGCUGGAGGGCGUCCCUGCAGGGUCCUGGGGCCGCUGGGGCCCCUGGGUACGGCGAGUCCUCCUUCUGGCCCUGGCUCUCCUGGCCAUCACAGUCCUGUGGACCCUCAUCCUGAGCAUCCUGCUUUCCAAGGCCUCCAAGCAGCAAGGGGCGUUGUUGGGCGGCCAGGACCUGCUGAGAGCGAACGCCUCGAAGCAGACGGUGAUGCUGGGCGAACUGAAGGGAGAAGUCGGAGCCUGUCACAGCUGCUGCCUGGGGACCCAGGAGCAGCUGAAGACGGCGCAGGAGAAGCUGCUGCAGCAUGAGAGCGCCCUGAGAGAACUGAACGAGCGCGUGACCCAGCGCUUGGCCGAGGCGGGAAGGGACCGCGAGGGCAUCCGCAGUGAGCUGUUCCGGGCGCUGGAGGCCGCCCGAUUUGGAAACAGUUCCUGCGAGCCCUGCCCCGCGCAGUGGCUGCCCUUCAGGGGCUCCUGCUACCUGUUCUCGGAGCAGCAGGCCACGUGGGAGGGGUCGCAGAGCUUCUGUGCAGGCGUGGGCGCGCACUUGGUGAUCGUCGGGGACCUGGAGGAGCAGAGCUUCCUGACUCGGAACACACGAGGCCGCGGCUUCUGGCUGGGCCUGAGGGCUGUGCGCCGCGGCCGCAAGGUGCAGGGCUACCAGUGGGUGGACGGAGUCCCGCUCAGCUUCAGCUACUGGAACCGGGGAGAGCCCAACGACGAUCGGGGGCAGGAGGACUGCGUCAUGAUGCUGCACACGGGGCUGUGGAACGAUGCCCCUUGCAGCAGCGAGAGGGACAACUGGAUCUGCGAGAAGAGGAACAACUGCUGAGCCCACCAGUGCCCCCACACCCGCCGCUGGGAUUGCCACCACCAUCGGAUCCGCCCCGCCCCCCACCAAGAGCUGCCCACCCACUCAGCGAGGCCAGUGCAUGUGCCCUGGGACCCCCUCUCCCACCUGACCACUGGCCUCCCACACGAGCCUAACGUCAGCUCCACCUCUUCCAAAACCCUGGCUCCUGGCUCUUUGGUCAGACCCACCUCCUCCCUGGCCAAGACCCGGCGACUGGGAGACGGAGCUGUCUGGUUUCCUUGCAUUUUUUCUUAGACUGGGAGGCCUCAAAGACGGGUUUUAUGAAGCCCUAAGGAGCAUCAAUAAAUGUCUGAGAUGUCCAUCUU